UCCUGGAUCAAUUAGCGUACAGACGUUCUUAUAUUAAUUAUUCAGUAUUAAUUCCGGCAAUUUACUUGCAAAACCUAAUUGUAAUUCAGGCAAUUAACUUGCGAUAUUCUGUACAUUGUUGGCAAUUAUCUUGCAAUUAUAUUUUAUUGUUUAAUUAUUAAUUUCUAUAAGUAAAGUUAGUUUAAGUAACUAUCACUGUACCUACUGGCGAGAUCCUCGUAACAUAAAUUUAUACUGUGCUACACAUCUCUCUACAUUACACCCAGCGCUUGCAUUUUCUUCUCAGAUCAAAAUAUUUAUGGAUGUAAAGGAAGAUUUAAAUAAUAAAUUUACUCGUACUCGGACACCAAAAGUCAACCCAUCGUCUUUGGAUGGUUCUAGUGAUGAAUCAAUAGAAGAUAAUUCAUUGACAGUACUAGCUAAAAAGAAACGAACGAUAAAGAAACAAUUGGAAGCCAAAGUAAACAAGGACAGAGUUGCUGAAAUGAUUGAGGCUUAUGAAAUAGCACGCCGAUUAGAAGAAGAGGUUUCUGGAAGAUUAAACGAAGUAGAUGGUGGGGAUCAAAUAGAUGAAGAAUCAUUAAUAAAUGAAAGUGUAACACCACAUGACAAUGAAGUUGACGGCACAUGGCAAAACAGAAUUAACGCUAAUAACAGUAAAGAUAGCGAAAUUAUGGACGGACCAAUGGAACCUCUUGCAUCUCCUAAUUUAGAGAUAACUAAUAAAGAGACCUUCGUGAUUGUUGGUAUGCGUGCCUGGCAGAAUUUCUCAAAGCUAUAAUUAUUAGUUUGACGACUGUAAAACCAAAAUCGAGAGGUAAUAAAUAAUAAGUGGUUUCGCAAAACAUUUCUUAAUGGAUGCAACAAAGUUAGCCUUCGAAUUGAGUAUUAUAAACGUACCAGAUAUAAGGAACAAUUUAAUAUGAAAUCUGUAAGGAUGCUUGCAUCACUCUUUAGCAGAAAAAAAUACCUUAAUAAUUAAAAAAAAUUUUUUUUUAACAAUUGUUCUAUUGAAUAUUUACUAAGUACUUUAGGUAGCAUUGUAUAACAAAAGAAUUAUAUUAUUC